UUUCUUUUUUUUUUUUUUUUUUUUUUUUGCGUUUUUACGAGCACGUCAAUUUUGCUUGUAAUACAUCAACCGCCAGUCGAAGGAGUGGAACGACAAAUUUGAUUCUGACGUUAAACUGUUUUGAUUCAGUCCAGCACAAGGGAGUCUUGAACAACCUGUGUCUACUGUACAUGCAAAGACACAGGCAAAAUGAACGUGACAAAGUACGAGGGCUACGGCGAGCUCUUGGGCAGUAUGAAGCCCGCCAGCAUGCUAUUGUACAUCGUCAACCCUUACGAGACGACGUUCGAGAGGCACGAGGACGUGCCCGACUAUCAGCUCCAGGUAUGGUUGCCGUUUUUCGUCCUCAUCGCAUUGGAAAACGCGAUACUCUACGCGAAAAAGGGUGGCACGUUUCGGCUGAACGACCACGUGAGUUCCGUAUCGCAUUGGAUCCUACAAGAAACUGGACGAAUUUUAUUUCGAGGAGCCGAGUACUACGCAUACAUUUACAUAUACGAGAGAUUCCGCCUCUGGAAUUUACCCUGGGACUCACCCUGGACGUGGUACGUGACGGCGAUCGGUGUUGAUUUUUGCUAUUACUGGGUGCAUCGAGCUAAUCAUGAGGUGCUCUUCCUGUGGGCCCAUCACCAGGUCCAUCACAGCAGCGAGGAAUUCAAUCUUGUGGUCGGACUGCGCCAGUCGGUCUUGCAACAGUGGUGCAGCUUCAUGUUUUAUUUGCCAUUGGCCUUGUUAAUUCCACCGUCGCAUUUCGUCGCUCACCACCAAUUCAACUUGAUUUAUCAGCUCUGGAUCCACACGACCGUCAUCGACGACCUCGGCCCACUCGAGUGGAUCUUCAACACCCCGAAUCACCACCGCGUUCAUCAUGGGUGCAACCUGUACUGCCUCGACACGAACUACGGCGGGGUGCUGAUAAUAUGGGACCGGAUCUUCGGGACCUUUGCCGAGGAACGGCCCAAGGAGGGGAUCAUCUACGGCCUCGUCGUCAGCCCGCAGACGUACAAUCCUCUGUUUCUCCAGGUUUUCUAUGCGGCGUCGAUGGUCGGGCGUAGCUUGAGCAUGGGAAACCUGAGAGACCGACUGGCCGUGUACUGGAAGGGCCCGAGCUGGCGGCCCGGAUUGCCGAGACUCGGCCUCGACGAGUUCAAAGUGAACGUGACAUCGCGGAAUAAAUAUGAUCCAUCGAUACCAACGUGGCAGAGCUGCUACAUAGUAUUGCACUUUUGUCUCGUUCUUUACAAACACACAGAGCUUUACGAUGAAAAAGUAGAUCCGUACAACUUUUUGCCCGGAGCUAUGGUCAUCAACAACGUGUGCGCCUUGACGACGAUCGGUUUGCUUUUCGAUCGUUCGAAAUUCGCCAACGUUCUCGAACUAAUCAGAUGCUGCGCCUACCUCUACUUUUUGCGUUAUUAUCAAAACCCGUUGAUGACUUACAUAUACGUCGUUUCCUGCUGCCUCUGUUUUUACGAUAUUUUUCGGACCGUCGCACAUAGGUAGUCAACGGGUUUUCCGACUUUUGCACCCAAAAGAGAUACAAAGGACUGAACGCAGUGAACAUUGGAAAAAAAAAUUUUUUUGUUUUUGCUGCCGCACAUCGAGGAGAAUCAAAUGCUUAACUAGAUUAGCUAAAAAUUGCAAAACAAGCUGCCUUGACCUGAUGCUGAUAACGUACAAAUGUGUUAAAUUGUUUACAGGGCCAGUAAGUCAUUUAACUGCGGGCAUCUAGAUUUAACACGCAAAAUAUACAUAUUAUUUUAUUUAUUUACUUUUAAUGAUUAAUUUAAAUUUAUGA